AUGAAAUUAAUUAAUUUUACACAAACUUUAUUUGCAAGAGGAGCAAGAAGACAUGUUCCAUUAAUCCGUUUCCCAGAUAGACAUGGAUUAAAUAAAUCAACUACUUCAGUACCAACUCCAACCACUACAUCAUCAUCACCAUUAUCAAAUAAAAAUAAAACAUAUUCAGAUAAUUCUCAAAUUCCACAAAGAUUAAAAAUGAGACCUGAUGAAAUGGAUUUAGUUAAUAGUGGAGGUGCAUAUUAA